UCACCAGAACAAUAACAACAAGCCACCAGAAACCGAUAACCAGACGACCGCUAUCAGCUUUUGAGUAGCAAAAAAAUACUCGCAACUGACUAAAGAAAACGUGUGAAGCAACAACAAUCUUAGAAAACUCGAAAUGAUAAGAUAGACAAAUUAUUUAUGUCGGAAAGAUUCGAUAAUUAUCUUUAUAUUAAUUGAAAAUGGAGUACGAACGUAACAUGGAUACUGGAAAGCUUUUGCUAUUGGUCAAAUUUAGGUUGGAGGAGUUGCUUGCGGAAGGCAAGCUUACUCCAGUAAAUAGCGAUGACUCUGAUUCUGCAGCACAAUCUUUUGUAAUGAUCAAAAAUCAAAAACGAAUGCUAAAGAAAAUUUAUGAGAACGAAACUAAAGAGGCGGCAAAAAUAUCUGAGCUAAACAAAGCACAUAUAAUAGAAAAGGACGUUAGUGUCGUCAACGAAAUCUCUGCUGAAGAAGUUCCAGAGGAACCUUUUGUUUUUGUAGAACCAAAUUAUUGUCCAGGACAAUAUUCAGAUGUUGAAGAAAUGAUUGUUAAUGAAGAAGAAAAUGAUGCAAUAAUCCUAGAUGAGGUACCCUUUGAGAUGAUUGAUGCAGAGGAGUUUGCAAAUAUAGUUAAUAUACGUUAAAGCUAAAACGCAAACGAUAAUGAACUUAAAGUUAACAUUUUAUAAAUUUUAUAUAUACGCAUACUUAACCAUUUAUUUUAUCAUC